AAUUCCAUUUCGUUUCGUUUCGCACUUUACAGGCGCCCUCACUAAACACAGUAGAAAUCUUGGCACUAACAAGUACUCGAAGGAUUAUUUAUAUUUUUUUAAAAAUACAUUUAACCGAACUCGUUAUUCAAAAGACAAAUAAAGUAUCAAACGUCAACAACCCUGAGGCCAAGCUUAGAGGAAACAUAGGCGGCUCAUGGUUUGUUGUGACCUGACGGCGUGUCAUGACCCUGACCUCAUGUUAUUUAUGCAAGGUCUAGGUUAUUUGACCAAGGUGAAGGUCUCAUAAGAAAAUGCCAGGUCGGGGAUGUUCGUGUUAAUCUAGAUUUUUAUUGGAAUUUGCACGAGGACUGUGUUGAUGGAGGCCAUUAUAUUGUAUUAACUGUUUUGAUUUAAACAAUAAAAUGCUUUCUUUGGUGAUUUAUUCGGGAUAUGAAGGGAGCGACAUUGCAGGAAAAAUACAUAACCCGCGUUAGCGGGUUAUGUUAAUUUUUCCUGCAAUGAUCGCUACCUUCAUAACCCGCAUGCAUCAUCAAAGAAAGCAUUUUAUUGUUUAUAUUAACAUCUUUCUUUAACUAAUUAAUAAAUUGAUUAUGAGUAAAAUUCACUAAAUUACUGUUAAUGUACAUAAGUACGUUAGCUAAAAGAAACACCCAAAUCGUCUCUUGUGAGACUUUGAGUCUGGCAUCAUCAUGAUUAUUUCGUGCAGUCCGUGAGUUUACUUAGGUCGUUGUAGAUUCAGACCAAUCGAUAAACAGGGCGUGUCAAUUUCAGUCCUGUCACUUUCAGCCGCUGUAAAUUUCGACCAAUCGAUAAAUGGGGCGUGUAAAUUUCAGUUUGGCUGUUUCUAUAGAGCUAUGAAUUGACUAUAUUUUUCCGUAAGAAAAAUGGAAAUUAAACAUGGUAGUUGUAAAUAUAUAAAAAAUAUAGCCAGAAAUACAUUAGCGUGUGUUUGGACUCCCCAGCUGGGGAUAAUGGACGAGUUCGGUGCAUCACAUUUGUUACAUGAUGUUGAAGGACAGCACUAUUACCAUGUUGUAAAUAAAACAGAAAUUUGCAAUCGCUAUUUAUGAAAAUUAAGAUAAAAGUCAGUAUUUGUUUACUCUGAGAAUUAUUUUCUUUUUAAGAUCCAAAUAGCAACUAAGCUUUUGUAUGUUGGUGACUAAUUAAAACCGUUUUAACAAGACAUUGGACUUUCAGUAGCAUGUAACGAUCUAUUUCUUGCGUCAAAACAAGUUAAAAUGACGCUGGUUUCAAUCGAUAUAUACACCGAUUGCGUAGUAUUCGUCAAAAGCCCGACAAAUCCUGUUGAUUUCAAAGAGCCAUGGGUGAGUCGCCAGCAAUGAAAUAGACAGGCCAACGUCACAUUGCUGUUUGACUCAACUACCUAAAGUCCAAGCUCUUGUUAAAAUGGUUCUAUAUUUAGAACAUAUCUCCAUAGGUAUCUCAUUCGUGGAACUGGCCUAUUUAUUCAUGAUAUCAUAAAAAAUUUUCUUAUUUCAUUAAAUGUUGGCGGUACAUAUUAGUUUUACAUUUGAAUAAAAAUUCACAAGAGGGAAAAAUAUGUUACCGGUAUAUAUCUGGACCAUUUGUCCCUUAUUGUUAGAGAGUUGAUUAUCCACAGCAGGUAAACUUAUAUUAUCUAAAUACUAUUAUCACAUGACCCCAGGUGAUUGAGGCGUAAACUUUGAUAUCGGAUUUAUCUUAAACGAUCUUGAACGAUCUUAAAAACCCGUUACCGGAAAUAAUGACGACCGGAAGUACUCAAGUAACUGAGUUACGGGUGCAUGGCGUAAGGUGGUAUUUGUUGUCUGUCGUCUCGCUCCACUGCUGUCUCCAGAAUGCCGUGUGGGCGGCGUUUCCUCCCAUCGCUCAAUCGGCCAAGCUGGUCUAUGAUUGGACAGAUUCUGACAUCAACAUGUCUUUGAUUUAUGGAAAUAUUGGUACCAUUGUUCUGUUGCUACCUAUGAUUUGGAUUGUGUUUGCAAAAGGCAUGAGGACGGCUCUGCUGUUGUCCACCUUCUUGACGGCCAUUGGUACUGCACUAAAAGCCCUUCCCGUCGGCAAUAAUCUGAAUUCAUGGCUGAUUCCUAUUGGUCUUUUCUUGAACGGUUGCGGAGGCGCUGUGACGUCAGUUGGGGCUACCGUCCUUUCGGAGACGUGGUUCCCGCCCUCUCAGCGCGCCACAGCCACCGUAUUCUACCUCGUAAGCGCCGCUGUAGGCGGGGCUCUUGUUUUCAUUGUAGGUCCUGCUGUUGUGCCAGAGCCAAUCGCAUUAUGUGACAAUAUCACGUGGUCGAAAAAGUCAAACUGCAGUGAACAAAACAAAUCAUAUAUCAAUUCACACGAGGUACAAGAAGGAUUGAAAGUUUUAAACAUCACCGAGUGCAGCUUAGCCGUACUGUUGUUAAUCUCAGUAAUUUUUCACUUUCCAAACAAACCCCUACAUCCACCCAGUGUGACGGCGAACACACAGAGACUGGGGCUGAGGGAGGGAGCGAGAACAGCAGUCAGGGAAUGGAGAUUUUGGCAUUUGGCACUGUGUUGUGCCAUUUCCACUUCAGUAUACGCAUCAUGGCUAACGACUGCGGAAGUUGUGCUACAUCCAUUUGGCAUAUCACAAAAAGAAGCUGGGUGGAUGUCUUUUUCGGGUGCUAUUGGUGGGACACUAUUUGGAAUGGUUCUAUCAAGGUUGUCGGACAUCUUUCAUCGCAAGAUGAAAGUGAUUAUGAUGGCCAUGUUCAGCAUUGCUACUGUGUUUUACCUUCUUUUCAUUUUGAUGUUGAUUGAAGUAGUACCAAAUGAACAUUGGUUGUUCUAUUUUGCGUACAUUGCUGCCUGUGUUAUGACCAGUGGGGCCCAGCCACUCUACUACGAAAUCGCGUGCGAGAACCUGUUUCCGGUCUCAGAGGCCGUUAUAUCCGGUUUCCUGGCUUUUCUCCUCAAUGUCGGGAGCUCCUUAUUUCUACUUGUGACUCUCAUACCCGGCAUAGGUACCAUGUGGCCAAACUGGGCGGUGUUUGUGACGUCAUUACUGUCCGUUGUGGUGUUGUACUUAUUCAAAGAGGAGUACAGGAGACUGGACAUAGAUUUACCAGUCAGCCAAUCAGAAGACUCGGACCCUGAACAUAAUCGUUUCUGACAGUGCAUUUAACUUUUUCUAUCACCAUCAACUACUUCGAAGUAUUUAAAAGUUUCGAAAAGAUGGUCGAUAGAUGUAUUGCAUUUUACCGUACUUUUUUAUUUUUGCUCUUAUAUUAUCAGGAUGAUAUUAAAAUAAAAAUUUG